AUGGCUUUUCCUAUCCAUGGGGUAUUCUAAGUCUUGUAGUGGUCUGGGACGGGGUGUGCGUGAGGGAGGUGGUGGCUGGCAGGCCCCGUACUGCUGUCUGCUCUGGGAACGGGUGUCAGGACUGGCGCAAGGAGAUAAGCUGCAUCUCUAGGGCAAACCCAAACCCGUCCCAGGACACCCACAGAGCUGGCACGACUUCAGCUGAAAGGAGGAAGCCUUUGUGUGAGAGCACUGGACAGUGGUCCUGACCCAGCGGGUGAAGGUCCGGAAUGAGGUCACGGGCUACGUGGGCGAUGAGGCCAUGCUGCAGUGCCUCUUCCCUGCCACCAGCCCUGACAUCAAGGUCAGCCAGGUUACCUGGAUGAAGGAAAUGGGGGGCAAGAAGCAGAACGUGGCUGUCUACCUCCCGGACCACAAGCCCAACUUCCCCUUGGACAACAGCGGCAGGAUCCGGUUUCUGAACGUUUCCCUGCAGGACGCCACGCUGAUCAUCCAGCCCUUGCGCAUGAGUGACGAGGGGACCUACGUCUGCGAAUUUGCCACCUACCCUCAUGGCAAUGAGGACGGGAUCACCACGCUCAGCAUCCUGGCCAGGCCCACCAACACGGCGGAGUCGCGGAAGGUGGUGGUGGGUAACACCACGAUCCCAGUGGCUGUUUGCACCUCAGCCAACGGCAAACCCCCCGCCCACAUCAAGUGGCUCGCCACCCUCCCCGGCAGCUACAAUGCCUCCGAGGUGACCAACGGAGAUGGCACUGUCACCGUCACCAGCCAGUUCAACAUGGUGCCCACGGCGGCAGCAGACCAGCAGCAGAUCACCUGUGUCAUCAGCCAGAGAACACUGGCUGCACCGGAGAACAUCCCUGUCACGCUGUCUGUGCUGUACCCGCCACAAGUCACUAUUGAUGGCUAUGAUGACAACUGGUACGUGAGCCGGAGUGAGGCCACGCUGAGAUGCACCGCCAAAGGGAACCCCAAACCCACCCAUUACUCCUGGAGCACCCCUAGUGGGCCGCUGCCCACCACGGUGCAGGUACAGGGCGACCGGCUGGUGGUGCAGUCAGUGGAUGUGGCGGUGAACACGACCUUCAUCUGCCAUGUCACUAAUAGCGUGGGGACGACACGGGUCGAGCAGACCGUCCUCGUGCGAGCCCAGCCCAACAUGGCUGGCGCGGGCACCACAGGGGGCAUCAUCGGCGGCAUCAUUGCUGCCAUCGUGGCCGUGGCUGUGGUAGCCACUGGGGUCCUGAUUUUCCGCCAGCAGCAGAAAAAUCGCACAGAGCAGGACAACGAGGACCUAGAUGGGCCUCCAGCCUACAAGCCGCCCCCGCCCCAGAAGAAGAUUGAGGACCCUGAGGUGGUCUCUAAUCCCCCUGAGGCUGAGAACAUCCCACUGAAAGCUGCCUACUUGGAGCCCAGCAUUGCAGCGGAUCCCACAGAGCCGGACCUACCGCGGUACCAUGAGCUGCCUACGCUGGAGGACAAGGAGCCAGCGGCAACCAGGGGGCUCAGCCUGGAGGAUGAAUACCUGGACCAGAUCAACCCAAUCUAUGAUGCCCUGUCCUUCGCCUCCGGGGAGGGUGCCCGUGAGCAGGGAUUCAUUAUGUCCCGGGCCUUGUACGUCUGACAGCCUGGUACAAAUGGACAUGUCUCUCCCUGGAUAGACAGACAGCUCCCUUCCCCACUCCCUGCAGCUCCCCCGGCCCUGUACUUGAGACCCCAACCUAGGUGCUCCCUGGGGUUUUGGGGAAGUUCUCUGGCCUGUUAUAUGGGACAUCAGGCUAGAUGAUCCCAAUGGGCCUUCUGGCCUUGAAAUCUAUUAGUCCCCACUCCUUGGGAUCCCCAGUCUCGGACAGACACAUGGCUCUCCGGACAGCUGUACAGCUCCCUGCCUCACCCCCACUGCUCCCUGAGCCAUGUAUGUCUGAGAUUGCCCCAUCCAGUUGGACACAGGGAGCCCCCUUGAGACACCUGGCUCUGCCCACAGCUCCCUGGACUGACACUGGUGCCUGGCUGACCACCCCAACUGGGCUUCUGUCCUAUCUGCUCCCAGUGGGGCUGCAGCCCUCAGCAGGUCUGGGGGGUCUGGCCUAAGGGGCAAAGCAGGGUGUUGGGGCCUGAGAGAGGGGUCUGGAGGCCUCAGUGCCAGAAGUCUGGAUUUGCCAAAGGUCAGGACUCAUCCUCCCCCUCUCCAUGCCAGAGGAAUGGUCUCUCCUUGCCUUGUGUCUGAGCCAUGACGGGCAGGAGGCAGCAUCUUCCCCUGGCCGGACAUGAGGGUGACUGGAGCUACUGUAGGAGCAGCUCCCUGCUGCUGCUGCUGCUAGCGGGAGGGGAUGGGGGAGUAGAGUUGCUGUGGGGCUGGUUCCCUGUCCACACACCGGUGGGUCAGUCCCUUCACUGCUGCGAGGAGCUGCCAUCUAUUGCAAGGAGCAAGUGUGGAGAGGAUGCAACCCCAGCCUGGAGUCUACUUGAAUUUCAUCAUUGGCCCAGACAGGAUCCCUGCCUCAGGGACUCCCCAGCCCAGCUGGGUCAGGGGCCCUGCCAGCAGCUCCUCCUCCCUCCUGCUUCUGAGCCCUGUCCCGGUCCCUGCUGUACAGCCACCUUCCAUGGGGGAUCUGAUAAUGUGAAGGGUUUUUUGUGUUACUAUCUUGAUUGUCUCUAAAUAAGGCUGCUGCUGCUUCUUUCUCCCUCCACACGGGUGUCAAAUUAGAGAUGGGGGGUUAGCAGCUUCUUUUUGUGCCUUUGCAGACACCCUGAGUGAACAGGGUGAUUAGUGCCUUCGAUACCACUACUGAGCGACUGGGUUUGGGGUUUUAUUGUCUGCCCUGUUGCCUUCGGAACCACUACUGAACGACUGGGCCUGGGGCUUUAGCUGCUGCCCUGGUGCCUUCGGAACCACUACUGAGCAAAUGGGUUUGGAUUGGGAUUUUGUUUUUGCUGUUUCUUAAAAUAAAUGUUUCUAAACCAGU